AUGACCCCUCAAGACUGUAUUCAGCAUUUCGUAACCGAACAUCCCAUCGAAGCGGCGAAGCUACUUGGCGGAAUAACCGUCACCGCUGCCCCUGUGGCCGUUGCUGUCCCCUUCUUGGGCGCACUUGGCUUUGGAGCUGUUGGUGUAGCAGGGGGUUCUCUGGCUGCAACGAUCCAAGGGAGCAUAGGCCCCAUUGCGGCAAAGAGUCUGUUUGCCAUUUUGCAGAGUGCGGGAGCUGGAGGGAUGGGACUGGCCGCUGUGAAGACAGCCAUUCUAGCUGCUGGAGGAGCGAUGACCGCAGGGCCCGUACACACGCUUCUGCAAUGCUUGAGCAGCAAUGCCACGGCAACGUGA